AUGUCCACCAUGAAAGCCACCGGCGGCCACUCCGAGGCCUGCUGCAACAUCCCGCCCGUCGUCUCGUCUGGCUACCAGAAGAAGGGAGACUUCGCGACCUUUGACGGCCGCAAGACGUACGUCACCGGCCCGGCCAACGAGGCCACCAAGGCCAUCUUCGUCGUCAUGGACAUCUUCGGCUUCUUCGACCAGACCGUCCAGGGCUGCGACAUCCUGGCCUCGUCUGACGACCACAACAAGUACGCCGUCUUCAUGCCCGACCCUUUCGACGGCGAGCCCCUGGACAUCAGCCUGUUUCCCCCCGACAACGACGACAAGCAGCAGAAGGUCGGCGCCUUCUUCGGGAAGAACAGCCCCCCAAGCUUCGUCCCCAAGGCCCACGCCACGCUGCAGGCAAUCCAGCAGAAGUAUCCCAACAUCAAGGAGUGGGCUGUGCUCGGUUACUGCUGGGGGUCCAAGGUCAUCUCGCUGUCCCUCGCGUCCGGUGAGGGCCCAUUCAAGGCCGCUGCCCAGAUCCACCCGGCCAUGGUCGACGCCAAGGAUGCCGAAAAGAUCAAAACCCCCCUGAUCUUGCUGGCAUCCAAGGACGAGGAUGCCGAGGAGGUCAAGAAAUUCGAGGCUGCCCUCACCGGGCCCAAGCAUGUCGAGACCUUCCCCGACCAGAUUCACGGCUGGAUGGCUGCCCGGUCUGACCUGACAGACAAGCGCGUACAGGAGGAGUACGUUAGGGGCUACAAGACGGUCCUCAACUUCCUUGCUAAGAACUUCUAG